AUGCUGCUUAAAUUUCUAGCAGCCUUUCUUCUGGUUCUGGGUUUUGCAACUGCCGAGGAUCCUUACAGGUUUUUCGACUGGAACAUAACCUACGGGGACAUAUAUCCACUCGGUGUUCGUCAACAGGGAAUUCUCAUCAAUGGCCAGUUUCCGGGGCCAGAAAUCUACUCCGUGACCAAUGACAACCUCAUUAUCAAUGUUCAUAACAGCUUGCCGGAGCCUUUCCUUAUUUCAUGGAAUGGAGUUCAACAGAGGAGGAAUUCAUACCAAGAUGGAGUUUAUGGCACCACAUGCCCCAUCCCACCAGGCAAGAACUUCACCUACACACUCCAAGUGAAGGACCAAAUUGGAAGCUUCUACUACUUCCCAUCUCUUGCCUUUCACAAGGCUGCUGGUGGCUUUGGAGCCAUUAAAAUCCUCAGCAGGCCCAGAAUCCCAGUCCCAUUCCCAGACCCAGCUGGUGAUUACUCCAUUCUUAUUGGAGAUUGGUACAAGACUGACCACAAGAUAUUGAAGGGCAUUUUAGAUCGUGGUCACAGGCUUCCCUUCCCAGAUGGCAUUAUAAUCAAUGGACGUGGACCAAAUGGAACAUAUUUCACAUUUGACCAAGGUAAAACUUACAGGCUCAGGAUAUCAAAUGUUGGGCUCCAGAACUCUCUCAACUUCAGGAUCCAGGGCCACAAAUUGAAGCUGGUUGAAGUUGAAGGGACCCACACCAUCCAGACCACCUAUGAAUCACUUGACAUCCAUGUGGGCCAGUCUUAUUCUGUGCUCGUCACAGCAGAUCAGGCCCCUCAGGACUAUUACAUUGCCGUCUCAACCCGUUUUACCAGCCAGGUCCUCACAAGCACUGCCGUCUUUCACUACAGCAACUCGGCCCGUCAAGUUUCCGGCCCAAUUCCAGCUGGGCCCACAACCCAAACCGGCUGGUCUCUUAGCCAGGCUCUCUCCAUUAGGACAAACCUAACAGCAAGCGGACCUAGGCCAAACCCACAAGGCUCCUACCACUAUGGUCUUGUAAAUGUGAGCAGGACAAUCAAGCUAGAGAGCUCAGCAGCUCAAGUUAGUGGAAAACAGAGAUAUGCAGUGAACAGUGUGUCCUUUAUCCCUGCAGACACACCAUUGAAGCUUGCAGACUACUUCAAGAUUGGUGGGGUUUUUAAAGUUGGAAGCAUCUCGGAUAACCCUAGUGGCCAAAAGAUGUACCUUGACACUUCAGUCAUGGGUGCUGAUUUCAGAGCCUUUGUGGAGAUUGUGUUUCAGAACCAUGAGAACAUUGUGCAGAGCUGGCACUUGGAUGGAUACUCUUUUUGGGUUGUUGGAAUGGAUGGAGGCAAAUGGACACCAGCAAGCCGAAAGGAAUACAACCUUAGAGAUGCAGUGUCAAGAAGCACCACACAGGUUUAUCCCAAGUCAUGGACAGCUAUAUACAUAGCACUGGACAAUGUGGGUAUGUGGAAUUUGAGGACUGAGUUUUGGGCAAGGCAAUACCUUGGACAACAAUUUUACCUACGAGUCUACUCACCUGUGGAGUCUGCUAGAGAUGAGUACCCAAUUCCCAGAAAUGCCCUUCUUUGUGGUAGGGCUGCAGGCAGAAGCACCAGACCUUAA